UUCCUUCUCUUUUCUUCUCUUCUCUUUCUUUUUCUCUCGUCCUUACUUCUACCCUUUCAUCCUCCUGUCUGUCCCCCAUCCUCCAUGGGCUGCGUUUCCUCCAAGCAUAUCCACCUCGCCGACACCGCUUCUGUCUCCCGCAAGGCCAAGUCCACCGACCUGCCCUCCUACCCGUCAUCUUCGAAUUCCUCAGCUGUCCACCCGCCCUCAUACUCAUCCGAUAUGAAGCUUGAUAUCAGCACAAACGAGACUGGGCCGGUAUUGAACGAGCCCCAGGGGAUUCACCAUCCCAAGGCUGCCCUUCGUGAAGAGACGGUGCACCAGUUGAGCAAGGAGUUCAAUGCGGACCCCAAGAACCUGAUGAUCCAGAAUGCGGCGCACUCGCUCGAUUUCUCGACGUUGAUCACGAACCGCUCAGUCCUGGUGGAGGACUCCCAUGUGUUUAACACCAAGAUCCCGAUCGAGAGCAUGGUCACGAACCAGAAGUCAUCCGGCCGAUGCUGGAUCUUUGCGGCCCUGAACGUCUUUAGGGUCGAGGUCAUGAAGAAGUAUAACCUUGAACAGUUUGAACUCUCUCAGGGGUAUCUCUUCUUCUGGGACAAGUUCGAGAAGAGCAAUUGGUUCCUGGAAUGCAUGAUCGACCUGCGCGACCGAGACGUGAACGACCGUGUGGUGCAACACCUCCUCAAGGAACCCGUCAACGACGGUGGCCAGUGGGAUAUGCUCAUCAACCUCGUCGAGCGGUACGGAGUCGUUCCCAAAUCCUUCUAUCCGGAAUCCUUCAGCUCCUCGAAUUCUGGAAAGCUCAACGCCCUCGUUAUCUCGAAGCUGCGUGAUCAUGCUGUGGCCCUGCGGAGGAUGGCUGCGAGCGGACAUUCUCUCGAACAACUUCGCCAUCAAAAGGAAAAGGCGCUGAAGGAGAUCUAUACGAUCAUGGCCAUCACUUUGGGUGAGCCACCCAAGAAGCCGUUUACGUGGGCGUUCAGGAACAAGGAUAACAAGUACUUUGAGUUCAAGGACUUGACUCCUCAAAAGUACUUCAAGGAACACGUCGGUUAUCCUGUCUCGGACACGAUCUCGAUCAUUAACGAUCCCCGCAACAAGGUCAUGGCACUCUACACGGUCCAGUACCUCGGCAACAUCUCCGGAGGACACCCUAUCCGCUACGUGAAUGCCCCCAUCGAGGAUCUUAAGCACCUCGCCAUCCAGAAGCUCAAAUCCGGCAAGCCCGUCUGGUUUGGCGCGGAUGUGGGCAAGUACUUGCACCGGGAUGCUGGCAUCCUGGACCCGAAGCUGUUCCAGUACGACCUCGCAUUUAACGUCUCCUUCAACAUGACCAAGGCCGAGCGUCUUAUCCACGGUGAGUCGCUCAUGACCCACGCCAUGGUCUUUACAGGCGUGCAUCUGGACGAGCACGGCAAACCUGUCCGCUGGCGCGUCGAGAACUCCUGGGGCGAUGUCGGCGGCGAUAAGGGAUACCUAACCAUGAGCGAUGCCUGGUUCAGCGAGUUCGUCUACCAGGUCGUGCUCGAGAAGGCCAUCGUGCCCAAAAAGUUCUUGGAGGUCCUUGAGCAGGAGGUUCAUGUCCUCCCGGCCUUUGAUCCCAUGGGCGCCUUGGCUUAAAAGGAAGGAGAAGAACGAAGACGACCUAUAUCCGCCUUGUAUAUUCAUCCAUGAUGGUUUUAUUUAUCAAGCAAU